ACCCAUGGCUCGAAAAUGCUAAUUCUCUUCUGUGUUUUUGGACUACAGCCUGAACAGCUCUAUCCCUGCGGUUCCAGUAGGGGGCGACCACCGGCAAAGACAAGAGUUCAGGCUGCUCCCGCAAAGACAUCUGGGCUUCUGGAGGACUGGCUUGAGCGCUUUGAUUUCCGCAGUGCAGCGUGGGAUAGUGGAAGAAGUCAGCGCAACAGACCGAGAGAAAUGGAUGUCUUUUUGAUGAUCAGACGUCACAAAACGACCAUCUUUACAGAUGCUAAGGAGUCCACCACAGUGUAUGAACUGAAGCGGAUUGUGGAGGGCAUCCUAAAGCGUGCACCUGAGGAUCAGAAGCUUUAUAAGGAUGACAUGUUGCUAGAAGAUAGUAAGACUCUUGGAGACUCUGGAUUCACAAACCAGACAGCCAGGCCUCAGGCUCCGGCCACAGUAGGACUGGCCUUUCGCAUCAGUGAUGAUGCUUUUGAGCCUCUGAGAGUAGAACCCUUCUCCAGCCCCCCUGAGCUUCCUGAUGUUAUGAAGCCUCAAGACACGGGCAGCACUGCCAAUGAACAAGCUGUGCAGUGAAGGAGGAACGGAUGAUAAAGGGUGGGAGGGAGGGCGAGAGAAAGGCGGUAGGAGUGCAGAGUUUCCAGAACAGCAAGCAAAAUGUGUUUUAAGAUGGUGGUGUGUAUUUAGCUGAAAGGGGGGACGCAUGAGUGAGAGUGAUCCAUGUGAUAUUGUAACUUUUUCGAGUGUUUGAAUCGCUUUCCUGUUACUCCUUACCUCCCAUCAAGCACUAGUAGCUUACUCUCACGAUAUUGUCGCAAACCCUUCCAGAAUUCAGUCUCUGCUCAUCUACAUAUAACCCAGCAAUCACAAUGCCCUUGUUGGUUUCAGGCAUAUUUUGAUUUGUUAAUGUGUUCCCCUCAUUUAUGAAUAAAUUACUCAUUGGUCAGACAGCUGUUAGACACCUGUCUAAGGUGGUAAGAUAUCAGAAUAUUUAAACCAGUUCUUAUUUAAUUAAUGUAGAUGUUAUGUUUGGAGAGUUAAAUGUUUUGUGCUUUUUGUGUGAUUUGAUCUGUUGGGAUGGGGAUGGGUUUGUGUUAGUGGCUGUAAGGUUAUACAAAUGCCCACUUUACUGAUUGCAUUUACAGUAUGCUGUUGUGUUUGUUAAUGAGUAUUGAUAUUAUAAUUAUUCUUAUUUAGAUCUGUCAUAAUUUUAUCUGGGCGCAAAGGCCACUGGCUGAACAGUUUUAUGUUACCGACUUACUAUAGAGUAAAUGGACGUGGAACUUGCUGAAAAUCAGAAUGGGCAUGGAUGCAGUCAGGUUAUACCUGCAUAUUAGUACACGGCACAUGAUUAAGAUGAAUUCUGAGAAACAGUGGUUUUAUUGUAAAUACAUUUUUCCACUUGUGUCCUUGCUUCUUGAAGUGUGUUUUGCUUUUCUUUACAAUUUUGUGUUGGAGUUUGUGUCUGCUCCUUUCUUUUUUUGAAAAUUAGUUUUAAUGCUGAAGGAUUGACAUUUGUGGAAUUCCCUGAUUUUGUAAUUAAAUCAGGUGUGUGUGCGUGUGAGAGAGAGAGAGAGAGAGAGAGCGAGCGCGUGUGCGUGUGAGAGAGAGAGAGAGCGAGCGCGUGUGCGUGUGAGAGAGAGAGAGAGCGAGCGCGUGUGCGUGUGAGAGAGAGAGAGAGAGCGAGCGCGUGUGCGUGUGAGAGACAGAGAGAGCGCGCGUGUGCGAGAGAGUGUGUGACAUUUUUAAAAAUGGUGGAAAGACUAACUUAAAAAUUUAAACAUCAGUACGAAUGAAGCCUUUGGGCAUAGUUGCUUAAACAAGUGAAUGUUUAACGAAAACACAAACGUUGAUAUUGUGUUUCAUCCCCAAAAACUAAUGUUUUUGAGAAUUUACCCUCAUUCUUUUCAGAGAUGGCAGUACUCCUUCACAGUGCUAUUGCAACAAAAGUUGACAAAUAAACUGAAAAGAAACCAUGCUGCAAUCUGUAACUGCGUUGAAAUGAACAUUAAAAUCUGCCCUCUUUCAUAA